AUGAAUUUAAUGACGAUUUUAUCUAAUAAUUUGCGAAAUAAUUUUGUUAAAUAUUUAUUAAUAUCAUUUUUAUUGAUUGCUCUUAUUAAUGAUGAUUUAUUCGUAUUUGGAAGAGGCAAAUUUCCAGGAAAGGUUCUUAGUGAGGCUGGGGAAAAUAUUCAUAAAAGACCUGGACAUGGAAAACCUGAGCAUAAAGUUAUAGGGAAACCACCUAAAAAUAGUGUUGCUGAUAAUGAUUUGGGAAAAGUUAAUAAUGUUAAUGAAAUUGAUUUAAAAAAUGACAAAUCUUAUGAAGGAAAUAAUGAAACUGAAAAACCAAAAAGUUCUAAAAAUUCUAAUACACUCGUUUUAGUAACAAUAGUAUUACUAAUUUUAAUAGCAAUAAGUUCAAUUUAUGCUUGGUUUAAACGUCGUAAUAGAAUCAGAAAUGCUAAUGGAAAUAAUAAUUAUGUAUAA